CGAGCUCAACUCAACCAUUCUUUUCAAAAAAUUAGGUUUCUGAAUUCUGAAGUUCAACUCAACCUUCUUGAGUCAAAAAAAUUCUCAAGGUCAACUCAACAGAACUCUACGACAUUGCCCUAAUGGCGGAUCCUACAGGAACAAUGUAUCAUGAACGGUACAAGCUGAUGAUCCGUGUGCAGCCUAAUACUUUCCCUUCACGGAUUCCGGUGAACGUAAAUGACCUACCGGAUUACGACGUAGCGGAUUAUCAGUAUAUGCCUGUCGAAGCAUUUGGCAGAGCAUACUUGGAAGCAUAUGGGCUGGAAAACUUUAAUGGUGGUACCAGUGUGCAGUACCAAGGCCGUCGGGAGAGGGCAGGCCUUGGAGACGACUUUUCUAGUGAGACGGAGAGUACACCAAGGCAGUACCAAGGACCUGCCUUGCAGAGGCACAAUACUCUAGAGCAUGGAGGUCGUAUAUCUCGUUUCCAUAGCACUGCUGAUUUUCAGAGGCCCAAUACUCUAGAGCAUGGAGGUCGUAUGUCUCGUUCGCAUAGCACUGCUGAUUUUCAGAGGCCUAAUACUCUAGAGCAUGGAGGUCGUAUGUCUCGUUCCCAUAGCACUGCUGCCUUUCAGAGGCCCAAUACUCUAAAGCAUGGAGGUCGUAUGUCUCGUUCCCGUAGCACUGCUGAUGUUCAGAGGCUCAAUACUCUAGAGCAUGUAGGUCGUAUGUCUCGUUCCAAUAGCACUACUGCCGUGCAGGCAAGUUUCAACUCUGUCUUUGAAUAAGGAAUUAAACAAUCGUCUCCUAAAAGCCCAGUGGAAGAUGUGCACAUGGUGCCUCAUUCAUUUGCAAUUUUCCAUUGUGUUUAUCCUGAUAUUUUAUUCGUAGCACUACAUUAGAGUUAUUAGUUACAAAAUACUUUUUUCAUUUUUUACACAGAUACCAGCUAGUUCUCGAUAUUGCCGUAGUAAUGAACAUGACAGUGGUCGUGGAAGACGACGAUCAUUUACGGGUGAUACCUCUGAGACUGAACUUUCCAUAGCCAUUCAAGACAGUUCAGAGACUGCUAAUGCAGAUGGAAGAGUACAUGAUAUCUCAACCAAUAGGAGGGUAGUUUCUGAUGUUACGGAAACAAAUGACGAAGAUUUCGUUAUUCCAUCCUUUGAACCUCUGGCUAAAGAUUCUGAGCCAGCUUCAAGAUAUCUUCAAUCUGCGUCACAAGCUUCCAGAAAUUCACAGCUUCAAGAGUUUUCAUUUCAUCCCCUUGUUGUGCCUCAUGCUAAUAGUCAACCAAGGCCUCUGUCUGAUGCUUUACCCAAAAACUAUAUGGCAUCCCGUCUAUCCGGAAAGCAAAGCAAAACUACAAUGCCUUCUAGUUCAUCUCCAGCACGGCCAGCACCUCAUCUCCGGCAUGCCUGGUCCAUGACGAACAGUGCUUUUGUUUCUGCUCGAUCUUCAUCAGUUCAUGAAUCAUCUUCUUAUUCUGUUGGUUCAUCAAGGAAUCGGUACCACAGCAAUAGAAAUAGCCGUUCCACAUCAGCCCCAAACCUUGUUGAGAGUAGGUCGGUUGACUCUUCAAAAGAAACCUCAUAGGUUGAUGAUCAAAGAUUUUUUGGUGUUUGUAUAGUUUCUCCAUGUCUGGUGUAAGGGAUGUAAAAAGUUGUCGUGGAAUAUGAGAUUGAGACUGUCAUUUUUUAAGUCUAGGAGGCUGUUCAAAUAGUGAAAAUAUGUAGAAAGAUAAGUAGAUGCAUAAAUGUUUGUUAGUGGUGGGAAGGCCCUUAAUUGUGAAUAUAUGGUUCAUUUCCCCA